UCAUUAAAUAUGCUGAUGUCAUCCCAACUGGUGCAUUUUUUGGAUAUCAAAGCCAGUUAAAUGGGAUUUAUAUUAAUAACGACAGAUUGGUCAGUGCAUUACAAACUGAAAUUCGGGACCAAUACUUUACAGAAGAGUUUAAAAAUGCCGUUUUUACUCUUUGUGCAAUUGACCAUGAGAACAAAACAUGUAAAGAAAUGAAAUUAGAUGAUAAGAUUAGUGAUUAUUUUAAUGAUAAUCCUGACGGUAGAUUUAUUAAUAUUCUUGUAAAAUCUCCUCAGCGAGUUAAGCCAACUCCGGGUGAAAGUUAA